AACUGAUCCAAAUUAAGGAACACUGGAACAUUCGUGAAGGGUCACUUAUGGAUAGCUAUGACUUAUUUCGUUUUAUCCUUCAACUUCUUUUUAUAAUCCUAAUCGUCCUUGGCAGUCUACUAAUACUCUGGGUAAUCCACGUCACAAAACAGUACCAGACCCCAAGCGGUUUGCUCAUUGGUAACCUGGCCUUGACAGACUUGCUGGUUGGCGGCUUCGUACUGCCAUUCGGAAUACCGGCAAUUUAUUUCGGCAAUUGGGCGAGCGGACGAAAAUUAUGCGUUUUGUGCGCAUAUGCCAACCACCUUUUAUCAAGUGUUGCUAUCUUAACGCUGAUGGCAAUAUCGUUUGAUCGAUAUGUAGCAAUUAUCCAUGCUAUCCGAUAUCAUCAGUUAAUGACCUUGAGAAGGAUUGCGUUGAUUAUAAUUAUAGUAUGGAUAAUGGGGAUUAUAUCCGCUAUAUUACCCUUGCUUGGUUGGGGCAGGUUUAUAUACCAACAUGGGGCGUCGCUUUGCGUAACUGAUUUUAAGACGAACAAACCGUUUACGUUUUUUGUGUUUUCUGCCCAAUUUGGAGUCCCCUUGAACGCUAUAUUCAUCAUAUAUAUUCGAAUAUUUAUGGUUGUUACGAAACAGGCCAAGGCGAUUAGGAACACGAUGCAAAAGGUACAGACCAAUCAGUCAACUGAAUCUCCUGUCAAUCAGCAAUCUCUUGAUCUUUCCACCAAUAGGAAUAGCCCAUUAUCCCAAGCAGCCAAUCAGAGUGAAGCAGAAGUCUCGACGGCCAAUCAAAAUGGGACACGAAAGCUAACUAAAUCAACAAUACCAAGGCGUAAAAGUUUGUUAAACAAAAUGAAAAUGGAAUCGAAAGCCGCUGUAACUAUGUUCGUAAUCAUAGGGGUGUUUGUCCUCAGUAUAAGCCCUUUUGCCGUUUAUAGUUUGUACUGUCUGCACACAGGCGAAAGCUACGAGACUGCAGAUUUUAUCACGACGAAAAUUGCCUACAGUAAUGCCAUAUUGAACCCACUGGUGUACGGGUUGAUGAAUAAACUUUACAGGAAAGGAAUUUUUCAGAUUUUUCAUAUGAUAUUCAGAUGCAAAAAACGACCUGAUGAUUUUAAACGAAGGUCUGCCCAAAGUACUUCGUUUUCUAACUAACUUAAACCUAGCAAAAAUACGAGACGUUUGUAAAUAUUGCUAUUUGUAUGGUGUAUAAUAUCCUUCAGUGCCUUUUGUAUUUCACCUCGCUAGCGUUCCUAGUUAUAUUAUGGACGAAAUUGCCAAAAAUUGAUUUUGAAAACAAUAUUUUGCGAGUUUAAAUAAGUUAAGAAAGCGAUGUGAUGCGAAAAUGUUUGUUAUAUCAUAUCAAUUUAGUGAGGAUUGGCU